AACAGCGUAAACAUUGGAGCUGUUUCUGUUUCAGAAUGUCUGCAGCUUUAGUAAUUGAAGGCGAUCAGAUUAUUCAGGAUCAAAGUGCAGAGUUGAAAAAGGACGCACUGGCAGAUGAGGCAGAUGCAACGCAAACCUUUCCAACAAGGGACAAUCGGGACGCUCACAGCGAAACGGAAACAAGUCGAGCGGAAGAGAAGUUCCAUGCUGAUCCUAGAGUCAUUCAGAAUCUUGCUGGUGGUGUAUUAAAGGAGUACGAAGAUGACUUGAAGAAGUUUCAAUCCAUAUUGACAGACCUAACUAAGAACCAACGCCUACUCAUUGACACAGUACAACAGGAAAAUGGUCGUUUUGCAGAAAUGCAGGAGUUAUACAACCUUGAAGAUAUGUUCCAGACUGCUAAACUCUAUCAUUCCAAGCUCGUCAAGAUAAAAAAAGAAAUGACAGAGCUAUAUCAGAGGUCCAGGAAACUUAAGAAACGAGCCUUGAGGCUUCAGCAGCUGAAACAGAAAGAAGCGCUGCAACUAGAACAACAGAAAGAACGUGAGGAAGAACGAGAGAGACAUCUGAUGGCCAAAGUUGCUGUCAAACCAAGAUCGUAACUGAUCUUGCAACAUUGUUCUGGAACCACUGAGAAGGUUUCACUCUGCAACAACGCGAUGCGAGGACUAUUUUCUCGUUGUGACUGUACCACACAGCUUUGCGAGGCUAACUUGAUUUUACUGUCAUAUUGCUAGCUGUACGUGAGAGCAUAUUUAUUUUUAGAUGACAAUAUUUACAAAUGUGUGUAGAUAUAUUUUGUACAGGGUUAAUGUUGAGUACAACAGUUGUACUGUGUUGUAGCUCCUAUGGACAAGAAAAAGUCAGGCCAUUACGCAGCCCUAAGUGCAGACCAUCUUAUGUGUCUCGUAUUUCUGUAUGUGCUUCUUGUGCCAAAGUUUCUGUACAGUUUUGCGACUUCCUGUCUUGCAUACGCCGCGCUUGUCCUGUUACUUUGUCAAACAACAAACGGGUCUUUGUUUAUUGCACGAUGCUGAUUUGUGAUAAAUAUGCCUUGUAAAGAGCAUAGAUCAUAAACAAUGAGAAUGCGGAUAAAUAUCAAUAAUGAGCAGUAAAUAACUUAAACUGAUAUAAUAUGUUCUUAGCAUAACUUUGGGUACUGAGAAGCAUAAGCCUCAGCAGUUCACUUCCUAGUUAGAAACAGCAAUAAAGGCAGUGUGGCAACAUCAUCAGUUGCUCAACUGUGACAAAGAACCAGCAAUGGAAAUUGCAACAUCCGAAAUUAUUUUGACCGAAAAGCCACAUUGAAAAGCUAGCCAUGAAGCUAGAGCUUAACAAUGGGUGUACCACCGCUUCUUGAAACGGUGUUUGGAUUUGCUGAGUGGGGUGUUGGAGCUUCAUUUGGGGACACACAGAGGCCUGAAUUCAUUGACAACAGCCAUGCAUACACACACAAAAUGUAGGGGGUCUGCAAAAUAUUGGAGAGCAUUAGGAGUAUGGGGGGGGGGGGAG